CCUCGAGCUGCCGCCCUCGUGGUCUCGCUGCUCAUUGGGCUGCCAGGCUUUGAGAGGGAAAAGGAGGCGAAGUAGCGGGUGAGGCUGAGAAAGCCCCAGGAAGAAAGAAAGAAAAAGGCAGGCGGAAAGGCAGACAGAAAUCCCUCCGGAACGGACAGUUUAGCUGCCACCAUGACCUCUAGAAAGUACCCUGGGCGCAGGAAGAAAAAAGCAGAAUAUCUGGCAAAGAGGGUGACAAGAGAAGAGCUUGUGUUAGGAGAUCCAUUUUCUGAAAGUGAGAGAACUUCAAAAUCUGAAGACAACUCUAAGAGCAAAGACAGAAUCAUCCAAAAACUGCACUCCGAGGUUGAACAUCUAAAAAUACAAAAUUCUGACUUGGAGAGGCAUGUUAUGAAACUACACGAUAGUAAGGUGGAAGUAACAACUCAAGUGGACAAUUUGGCCAUUAAGAAUGAAUAUCUAUGUAACGAACUCGCUCAUGUAGACAAGCUAGCUGAACAGCUAGAAAAAGAAAAAGAAUUUGCAUUGGAUAGUGCUGAUCAGGAACUUGGAGAAGCUAAGUCUCAGAUUAAAUGCCAACAAAAUACUAUACGGAAAUUGGAACAUCAAAUCAGCGUUCUUCAAUCUGCAGCCUCAGACACUGAAACAUCACAACAGAGGUAUCCCUCAAGGCUUGACAACCUUGUAAAGACAAUUGAAGAAGAGAGAAAUUGUUAUAAAACUGAAGCAGAGCGUUUGAAGAAGAUGCUUCGUAACACAUCUACAAGUCCUAGGCGUGGCGCCUCUUGUUCUUUUUCAAAGGUUCCCUCACCUAGUAAGGGAAAUAACUGUGAUCCUGAAUUUCUGCAACUUCUCAGAGAAUGUGAAGAAUAUAAGUCAAUGCUGGAAAAAUAUGAACGUCACAUAUCAGAAAUCCAAGGCAACAUUAAGGUUCUCACAGUAGAAAGAGACAAAAUUAUCCAUCUUUAUGAUCAGGCACAGGACGAAAUAAGUCGACUGCGAAAAGAAGCAAUCAAACUCCCCAAAGCUUCUAAAACUGCAAUGACUGCUCAGGCUGUUUUAAGACGUGUUGAGACAGAAAGGGAUGCAGCUAUUUCUGAUUUCAGAAGGAUGGCAACAGAACGCGAUAGCUUGAGACAGAGGUUAAAGAUUGCUCAAGACACUGCAUUUAAUGAGAAAGCUCAUCUGGAACAGAGAGUUGAGGAGCUGGAAUUAAAUGUUCAGAGUCUUGACAACGAACGGUUAGAACAAAUAUCAAAGAUGUCUUUGAUGAAGGAGACCAUAGAGUCUGUUGAAAUGGAGAUGAAAAUAUUGGCAAGAAGGGCAGUGGACUCCGAAAGUGAGCUAAACAGAGAAAAAGCAGCUAAUGCUUCACUGAGCAUAUUGAAUGAAAAAACAGAGCAGAGCCUUUCAGAGGCCCAACGACAACUUUCAAAGAAAAAAUAUGAAUUACAACUCAUUCAAGAGAAAAUAAUGUGUCUGGAUGAAAAAAUUGAAAAACUUUCAAAACAAAGUCUUGUCCAACAAGAAGAUAUUUGUACACUCAAUCAAACAAUAGCUGAACUGGAUUCAGAAAAGGAGUCUUUACAAGAUGACUUGGAAGUAAAAAGAGAGAAAAUUGUCACCCUUGAAGAAAGCUUGUCCAUUAAAGAAAAGACCAUUUCAGAUUUGAAGUGCAUACUUUCUGAUAUGGAGCAUUCGUCAAAGCAUUCUACUGAAGCACUACGCAGGUGUGAACAGGAUAUUACCCGGCUACAUCAACUACUGGAUGAUACUAAUAAUGAGCUUACUGAGAAUAGGAGGGAGAAAGAGGCAUUAGUUCGGGAGAGUGAGAGGCUACAGGGACAACUUUAUGGCUUUAAGCAGGAAAAUCAGAUUCUGCAUCAAAAACUCAAUAAAUGUGAAAAUGAACUUGAUGAUGUGAAGUUGAAAACUGAAGAUUUGCAUUCAGAUAUUGCCAGAUUGAAGAGUAUACUGAAUUCUAAAGAAAAAGAGAAUCAAGAUCUUUUGGAGAGUUACCAUAGGACCAAUGAACAGGCAGAAAGAUGGGAAUCAAAGUUCCAUCAAGCAGAGGCAGAUUGUAACGCUGUCCGACUUGAAUUUUUCAAUCUAGAGUCUGAGAGCCACAGACUGAAAGAACAAAUGGAGUCCUUUGAAACAGAGAUUGGGCAACAUUUAGCAUCAGAAAAAGCCUACAAGUCACAGAUAUCUACCUUAGGUAAGUCUCUUGUGAAAAUGGAGGAGGAACUUCACAAAGUCCAGCUGGAGAAAGUUUCUGUACUCUCAGAUUUGGCAUCUACUCGAGAACUGUGCAUUAAAUUGGACAAUAGCAAAGAAUUAUUAACCAGGCAACUAAACAACACAACACAAGAAGUAGGACGGCUGCAGAAUGAAUGGGAAUCUUCUCACUCAGAAAUAGAACUCCUCAGAAAACAACUCACUAAUGAAAGAAUCUCAAUGAAGAACCUGGAAACGUUGUUAGCAUCCAACCGAGAAAAGGAAUUUCAAUCUCAGAUGAUAAACCAAGAAAAGGAUUCUGAAAUUCAUCUUCUUAAAGAGCAGCUUUCUCUGGCUGAAAACAAAAUUGCUAUCCAUAGUCGAGAUUUUACACAGCUCAAAAAUACAAUAACUCAACUGGAAUCCGAAUUAGAUAUCACCAAAAGACAGUUGGGCACAGAACGCUUUGAAAGGGAACGUGCUGUCCAAGAACUUCGCCGCCAGAGUCUUACAGCUUCAUACCACUUAACAUCUACAAUAAGGUCAUCAUCACCAGAACGUUCCCGGAACUGGUCCCCUGACAGGUCCCUGGACAGAUCUCUGGAAGGAAGAUUCAGCAAGAUGCCUCCACUGCCCUCACCUGAUACCUAGCCUGUAAUUCCAGAAGAAAAAUAACACAUGCAUACCAUAUGGGAUUCUCUUUCGAAGGACUUUUAAUUGAAGAAGAUUUUGGAAAAAUCUGUCAUCUAUUAUAGAAAUGCAGGUGCCAAACUGAAUUCAGGGUUUAUUUUUUAAAAAAAUACUUUAAUCCAAUUAAUGAUGGAUAAUAUUCAGAGUACUUAUUAAUUGAAGGAGCACACACACACACACACACACACAUUUAUUUGGCCACUUCAAUAAAAGAAGUUUUGAUAUAUUGUUUUAUACAACUAAUAUUUAUUAUUAAAAUAAUAUCCUGAAAGGAAAAGUGAACAUGACUGUAACCGCACACUAUCAGAAAACCUAUGAAAUGAAGCUAUCAUUGGAAAGAGGAAAAUGGAAAAGAAUUAAAAUGGUUUAACUUUAUUUUUUCAUUAAUUUGUUGUAACUUGGUUCCAUUUUUGUUAAGUUUUAUGGCAUUUUCACUUGAGAGGAAGAUAGACACAUUGAUGAUGAAGAAGGAUAUUGAAUAUUAAUUUUGAAUAAAAAUCUGAUGUUAAAAUGAUUGGCUUGGAUCCUAACUCCCUUUUUUGGAACAGAACAAUGUUCAUAUUUACUGAAUGAGGCUUCCCCACCUCACCCUUCCCUCUACAGUCCCCCGGGCACUCAAAACAUCUGUUCCUGGUUGUUGCGGGAUCCUUGGGAAUGGUGUGGGGUAUGGUGAGGGAGUCUACAAAUGGAAGGAGAAGUAGUGAAAAUCACAGGCACCUCUUACAUGAACAGAAGAGUUAACUUGGGAUCCAAUUCAAGUAUCAAAAACCAAUUUGAUUUGUAAGUCAAUAAAGCAACAGUCUUAUCUAUGGAAAUAACAGCAUUGGCUACUAUUUAACGUAGAGCGUCAUCACACAGGUGAUAAUCACAUUUCCUUACCAUUGCUUUUCCACCCACGCAUUUGUCCCUCAUUACAUUCUAUUUUGCCCAGAGGGGAAAGAGGAAGUAAACAAAGACCACAUGGUUCACUCAGAGGCCAUUUUAAUUGUGCCGCUU